AUGGUGAUGAACAAGAGCAGUAAGAUGCUCAACUACAUCAACUACCGCAUGAAGGUCACGCUCGCGGACGGCCGCGUGCUCAUCGGGACCUUCAUGGCCUUUGACAAACACAUGAACCUCGUCCUUGGCGACUGCGAGGAGUUCCGGACCCUCAAGAACAAGGUCAAGAACGCGACGUCCGCGUCCCUCAAGGAAGAGCGCGUCCAGAAGCGCAUGCUUGGCCUCGUCCUCCUGCGCGGCGAAAACGUCGUGUCGCUCACGGUCGAGUCGCCGCCGCCUGCCCACGAAGCGGAGGGUCUUGGCAUCAUGGGCCCGGGCGUGGCGCGCGCUGCGGGCCGUGGCCUUCCUGCCGCUCCUCUUGGUGUGCCCAUGGGCCUCGCUGCGCCCAUGCGUGGCAUCGGUGGUCCCGGCGGUAUGCUGCAUCCCGGGCAAGUUUUGUUGCACAUGUGCAUCUUGCGCGUCGAGCCGAUAUUGAUCAUAACGGGAGGCGGGGGUCGAUCUUGA